AUGCAUUCCGAUGAAGACUCAAAAAUAGACGAAGAGGAUACGCAAACGGAAUUACCAGAGACAAAGAGAGUUGAUAAAGUUAUGCUGCCUUUUUUAAAGGAAUCUCACAGACAGAAGGUCGAGUUUGGAGAUGAGAAACAAAGUGAUAAGCCGAAGCAGAUGCACCCAAACGAAAUGUUAUUCCCGUUGAUAUACCGUCAGAGCCACAUAAACAGCAUGUUUAAAUUCGGCGAUAAUUGGUACACUUGGUCUAACGAAAAGCGUACGGAUGGAUCGAAAGCUGUCAAUUACUUUAUUUGCUACGACGAACCGAAGCACUGCGAUGAUAUUGGAUGGGAACGUACAGACACAAUACCGAAGUGCGCUUUCCAAAUCGAAGCACUCACUCCCGACGACCGAGCUUGCAUCAACGGCUUCGGAGUCGAGUCCCGCGCCAAUUCUGCUUGUGAUGGUGGUGAACAAAUGAAGCUGAGCGAGAUAGUCCGUUCCUGUGGACCCCGCAUACGUUCGCUGUGGCGUUUCGUACGUGUGGGACGUCGCCCUACUAGCGCUGUUAAACCAGCCGAUGUCAAUUCCCUUGUUUGUGAGGAUGAAGAUGAAUGCUACCUCAGCGUAGAGUAUAGAAUACAUCACGACAGGAUAACGUUCUCAUUACACGAGCCAAGUCGUGGACAGACAUUCAAAAGCGCCUUAAAGCGUGAUACAAUCAGUGAAGACGACAAAGCCACUGUCACUGAGGGUCAUCCAAAAACUUCUCACCGAGGGAAGAAAGUUCUGGAAAUGUCGAAGAGUAAGAAAAAUCAUAUGAGAACCAGGAAAGUAGCGGAAGGGAAAGGCGUGGUUAAGGAGAGAGACGAUUCCGGAUACUCAAACAGAAGGCAAGCGAAGAAUAAAAUUAAGAUAAGGGAAAAUAUUUCCGACGAUGUUUCCGAAUAAAAUUAUUGAAAAGUA